AUGCCCGGUACAAUCCCAUUUCUCCUCAAAUUUCCAGCAAAUUUGCAGGUUCUGAUCAAUGGGGAUAAAGUUGAUGGCAUGGGUAGACACUCUCUAAGGGAAACCAAAAAUGUAAAGAAAUAUUUAUCUCAGCUUGGAAUACAAUCAGUUUUUGAGUCUGUGGCUAAGGAUGCUGGUGUGCGUCAGAUCCUGAAGGAUAUUAAACGUGUUCUUGAAGACGCACAUGAUACAUCCAUCCAAGACUCUGCUGCUGUCACUCCCCACGAUGUUCCGCCUUCUGAUAUUCCAUGUGAUAAACAGGAUAAUUCUGAAGAUGCUGGUUCAGUUGCAGAAAAAGAACUCAUUUCAUUCCAAGAACCUAAUCAAUAUAUACAAAUAACUUGCAGGGUAGAGCAUUUGUUGAAUGCAAUCGGCAAUUUAGAGCUAACUGGUCCCUAUGCAGAGGCUUUGAGCCAACUUAGUUAUAAAUUAGAAGAUGUGGCACACCUGGUACACCAUCUCCAAUUAUAUAUCUUUAUUAUUCUAGAAAGUGGUGUGCUUAAUGAGUAA